AAAGCCUUUGUUGGAGUCUGAUUCCCUGUCAAAAAGGGCGGCAAGAUGGAAAUUGUAAACAAACAUCAAGCGGUACAACGUUCUACUUAACCGAACGUAAAGCCAUUCUUAUGAUCUAUAUACAACGGUGAAGUUUCAGCAUUGACAAUGUCAGAUACUCGUGGUAUAUCAAGCUUUUAUGGAGGCAAACAAAAACGGCAAUGGUCUAAACUGGAAGCUGCUGUGAAUGAGCGUGUGAAGAAACAUCAUGCUGAGAAGAUACCUGACACAUUUAAACAGACGAUAUCAGGCCCAUCUGUGAAAUGGAAGACAUUCUUCAAACAGCAGGAUGCUUUUUUAUAUGCUAGGAGCCAGGCAGCUGAUCUACACGUGUUUGCAUUUGAGAGCGAGAUCCUUGGAUCAGAAAGUGGACAGAGGCAAUAUCUAGUGACGUCAUAUCCUGUGUUUUGGCAUUACUACAGUCAGUUGAAGAAAAGCUUGCGGCAUCAUUAUGAAGUCAUCCCAGAAAGUGCUGUGUGUAAACUCUACUUUGACUUGGAGUUUAUAAAGGAACAUAAUCCUGACAGAGAUGGUGAUUGUAUGGUAGACGUUUUCAUCAAGUAUAUCAGUUUCUGGUUAAAAAACAAGUUUGGGAUCAGAUGUGAUAGGAAAGAUGUUCUAGAUCUAGAUGCCAGCACCAAGUUAAAAUUCAGUCGCCAUCUGUUAUAUGUUAUCCCAGCAGUCGCCUUCAGGGACAAUAUCCAUGCAGGUAAUUUUGUUCACUUUGUGGCCAGUGAGUUAAGGAAGCAAUGUUGUGGGAGUGGAAAUCAGUCAUUGGGGGAGAACAUGACACCCAGACAUGCUCAAGGUCACACAGAGAACACCGAGGAACUGCCAGAGGGUGUUACAGCCCAAGACUUGGAGUCAUUGAUGGUGAAAAACAAGGAUGGGGAGGAUGUGUUGUUCUGUGAUCUUGGUGUGUAUACGAAGAACAGGAAUUUCCGUCUAUACCUUUCCUGUAAGCUGGGCAAAGACAACCCACUGGUACUGUCUCCUCACAACCUGUACAGUCCACACCCUACCAGGCAUAAGUCAGCAGGAAGUCCUAAACACACCAUCUCCACCAGGCAGGAGGUGGAAGAGGAUAAAUCUGAUAACCUUAUAUUUAUGAACUCUCUCAUAGCUAAUGUACAAUAUCAGGCUGACACAAGAAUUCUGACAUUUGACAGUGAACGGAUUCAUCACCGUUCAUCAACAUGUCAUAAAGAUGACAAACCACAAACAACAGAACUACUGGAUGGACAUCAACAUUCUCAAUAUCCAGAAUUAGAUGACUACAUUACCUCCUGUGUCCAGAGGAACGGCACAAGAGGAUACAUCCGUCACUGGAUGUACUUCCCGCAAGGGGAGAUAAUUGUGUAUGAAAUUGGCAAAAACAGGUGGUGUGAAAACAUUGGGCGUCCUCACAAGAGUAAUAACAUUAUGAUGAUUGCUGAUCUGAAGAAGGCAGUAUACUACCAGAAAUGUCAUGAUCCUGACUGUAAGAUGCAGAACUUUAAAUCACCAGACUACCCCUUGCCAAAAGAGGUGCUCUUGUCCAGCCUUUUUGAUGAGUCUGAGAUUGAGUUUGAAGGGGAGACAGAUGACCAGGAAUGUCUACAAGCCAUCAUGGAAAUGGAAAGUUCGCUCACUGAGGUCAUAGCUCCGACAGGUCGGGCAACAUCCGAAGUGACCAGUUGUAAUGGUCAACAUGUUGACAGACCUAAUCAUCACCAGUCAAAUACUGGUGUGGGAUGCAAACUUGGCUCAGCUAAAGUGACUGAUACUGCAUUCGAAAACAAUAUAGAGACCAGUGGAGUUAAAGAUGAGGGGGCUGUGACUUCUAUUCCAAGUAAUACUGACAGAAGCAGCGGAGGUUGUGGAGUGUCAGCAGGAACUGUAAUCACAAACUUGGGGAGUCGGUAUGAUGAGGAUUGCUGGGAUGGGGAUGAUGACCUUCUUACAGCUGUUAUGGCAGAUGAUUUACAAAAAUAGAUUUCAACUUCAUGACAUGAUAUUAUCACCGUGUUGUCAGGAAAUAAUCAUCUACCUGGUAAUUAAAUAUAUUUGUCUAACCCACUUAAAUCACAGCCCCCCUCCCUCUAGGCAGUAAGAACAGGUAAUACAUUGACAUUUCACAGGAUAACUACCUAAAUAGAUAGAGUAGUAACCCUUGUUAGUUAUGGGGUAAAAAAACAAGAGGCCCAAUGGGCCUGCAUCGCUCACCUGUUAUUAAUCUAACACUUGUAAUCUUAAGAUUUCAU